AUGAGACACAGCAAGAGCAACAGCCUAACACUGCGUGGGAUCCUGUUUGCAGACUCAGAAGAUCCAGAAAGAAGCACAGACGGAUUUAAAACUGGAACGUAUGCCUUCAUGGCCUUGGAAUCGGAGACGCCCGACUGCGCCGCCGCAGUGAGCCACUGGAAGGACGCCGCCAGCAACUUCACCACAAUCCCUCCGGCGAAAACUGAAGAAGAAAAGGAUAUCUACGAGAAGCAGCAUAGCGUUUCUUUCGUUGCUAUGUACAACCCUUCCGAGAAUGCUGCUGCUGACUGCCGAGUCGUUACUUGCACUCUACCAGCAGCUUCCGAACCAUCAACAGGAAGCUUCCGGAACAGUGGGGAAGACAAGAAGGGCUAUGCUCUACUGUGCAUGACGACGCCUGAAGCCCUAACAGACACGAAGGCUCCCUUCACCGAAGAGCAGUGGAACAAGAUCAAGGCAUCCCUCACAGGCUCUGCUUCUGCUGCUGCACCGAGUCUGAUUAUCGUUGCUAUUGCGUCCCUCGGCUUGUUGGCCCUUUAA